CCCCCCCCCCCACCCUUGCCAACUAACGGGGGAGCCAUGAUGUGAGAGUGAAGAGGAGGUGGAAGAACGGACGGAGAGUGAAUCAGAACAGGUUUCUGCACUCAUUCCAGUACGAUUCUUUAACCAUGGGACAGAAAAAUGAGAGGUGCUCUCCCACACUAGAUCCUGUGUGGACAGUAAUGACAUCACGCUUCCGGUUGCCAGCUGGCAGGACUUACAAUGUACGAGCAUCUGAACUGGCUAGGGAUAGACAACACACAGAAGUGGUGUGCAACGUACUUCUGCUGGAUAAUACUGUUCAAGCUUUCAAAGUUAAUAAACACGAUCAGGGACAUGUUCUAUUGGAUUUAGUCUUCAGGCACCUUGAUCUAACAGAACGAGAUUACUUUGGUUUACAACUGGCAGAUGAUGCAACAGACAGCCCUGUUGUUUUCUUAAAUGUUUUGCAGCGAUGGUUAGAUCCAAACAAAUCUAUCAGAAAGCAGCUAAAAAGAGGAUCCCCACACAACUUGAAUUUUAGAGUCAAGUUUUUUGUAACUGAUCUCAAUAAGCUACAAGAAGAAUACACAAGGUACCAAUAUUUCCUGCAACUUAAACAAGAUAUCCUUAGUGGAAGGUUGCCGUGUCCAUACAACAUUGCAGCCCUUCUGGCCUCGUAUUCUGUUCAAUCGGAACUGGGAGACUACAACAAUUCAGAGCACUUGCCAGGUUACCUCGCCGAUUAUUAUUUUAUCUCCAACCAGCCUCAAGAUUUUGAAAAGGAGAUAGCAAAAUUGCAUCAGCAACAUAGAGGACUCUCUCCAGCAGAAUCUGAAUUUAAUUACUUAAACACAGCCCGUAGUUUAGAACUAUAUGGAGUUGAAUUGCACUAUGCAAGGGAUCAAAGUAACACAGAAAUUAUGAUUGGUGUGCUGUCAAGUGGGAUUGUAAUUUACAAGAGCAGGGUACGAAUUAACUACUUCCCAUGGUUGAAGAUUGUAAAAAUAUCAUUUAAAUGCAAACAGUUCUUCAUUCAACUGAGAAGAGAAUUGCUUGACUCGAGAGAAACAUUACUAGGAUUUAAUAUGGGGAACUACCGAGCCUGUAAGAAUUUAUGGAAAUCCUGUGUGGAACAUCAUACAUUCUUCCGACUAGAAAGACCAGUACCUCCACAGAAGAACUUUUUUGCACAUUAUUUUACAUUGGGGUCAAAGUUCCGAUACUGUGGGAGGACAGAAGUUCAGUCCGUGCAAUAUGGAAAAGAGAAAGCAAACAAAGACAGGGUAUUUGCCAGGUCACCCAGUAAACCGUUAACAAGGAAGAUGAUGAGUGGGCUGGACUGGGAAUCAGUCAGCAGAAACUCCCUGUCAGAAGACCGACUUGAAACGCAAAGUCUCCCUUCUCGUUCCCCACCUGGAACUCCAAAUCAUCGGAGCGCAACUUUCACUCAGGAAGGAAGUCGUUUGAGACCUUCAUCUGUAGGUCACUUGGUUGACCACGUAGUGCACGUAUCAUCAAGUGAAGUCUUUGCUAACCACAAAUCUCCUUCCUCCACACAAGCAAACAGUAUUAUUCUGGAAUCAUCUCCUUGUCAGGAAACGGCUGGAGAAGGGCAGCCACCUGCAUUGCCACCUAAACAAAAGAAAAAUACAACAGUCCUGUCUCAUCAGGCUAACACUUGCCAGCAGGAACUGGGCACCCACUACCACGACUUCUUGGAUGUUCCACUCGCAUCUGAAAAAUCGACACCGAAUGGUAUAGUUCCUCACGACAAUCUAGUUCUGAUAAGAAUGAAAGCAGAUGAGAAUGGGAGAUUUGGUUUCAAUGUUAAGGGAGGCAUUGAUCAGAAAAUGCCCGUAAUAGUAUCGCGAGUGGCACCUGGAACACCCGCUGACACUUGCGUCCCACGGCUCAAUGAGGGUGAUCAGGUUGUACUGAUCAAUGGUAGGGAUAUAUCCGAUUACACACAUGACCAGGUUGUCGCGUUCAUCAAAGCCAGCUGUGAGAUUCUCUCUGAAGAACUAUUAUUACUAGUUCGGCCAAAUGCUGUUUAUGAUGUUGUGGAAGAGAAGGCAGAAAGUGAACCUGAUUUUCAGUAUAUUCCAGAGAAGUCUCCUUUGGAUGUAACCCACCAGGAUGAUGAUGCCUUAAGAGAGUCGAUGAUACAUUUGCGGGAUGGUCUUGAGACUGGAACAAUUCUUGCGCAGUUUGAUCAACUGUAUAGAAAAAAGCCUGGUAUGACAAUGUUGUGUGCCAAGUUACCUCACAAUAUUUCCAAAAACAGAUACAGAGACAUCUCACCUUAUGAUGCAACACGGGUUAUUCUAAUGGGUACUGAUGACUACAUCAAUGCAAAUUAUAUAAAUAUGGAAAUCCCUUCUUCCAGUAUAAUAAAUCAGUACAUCGCUUGUCAGGGGCCCUUGCCCAAUACUUGUCCAGAUUUUUGGCAGAUGACUUGGGAACAAGGAUCCUCUCUGGUUGUGAUGCUAACCACUCAAGUAGAAAGAGGCAGAGUCAAGUGUCACCAGUAUUGGCCUGAACUUUCUAAAAAUGCAUCUUAUGGGAAUUUUGAAGUUGGUUGUCAUUUGGAAGAAGGAAACCCUGCAUAUGUCUUCAGAGAAUUGACUUUAACUAAUUUAGAGAGAAAUGAGAGCCGUCCACUCACACAGAUCCAAUAUGUUGCCUGGCCUGACCAUGGUGUUCCUGAUGAUUCAAGUGAUUUCCUGAAGUUUGUGUUGCUUGUUCGAGAAACACGAGUUGGCAAAGAUGAACCAGUUGUUGUACACUGCAGUGCUGGUAUAGGUCGAACUGGUGUUCUUAUGACUAUGGAGACAGCAAUGUGUCUAAUUGAGUGCAAUCAGCCAGUGUAUCCAUUGGACAUUGUUAGAACAAUGCGAGACCAGAGAGCCAUGAUGAUUCAAACACCAAGCCAAUACAAGUUUGUUUGUGAAGCUAUUAUGAGGGUUUACGAAGAAGGCAUUGUGAAACCAUUGCAGUCAACACUGUAUAAUUAACCCAAGGAUAAGACCUUGUUGUUGAAACUGGUUUGCUGGGAGCGUUUACUGUGUCAUUAUGUGCUUGCACAACAUGCUGCCCUGAUGUGAGUUUGAAGUUUGGAAGACCGGCAAACGGGCAAGGACAUUGAGAACCUAAGCACUGUUGCACUUUAUGUUCAAAAAGAAAUAA